UAGUUGAUUCUACAAAUUCGGUUACGGAAUCGAACACUAUUCUACACUAUUGGCGUCUGAAUGAAAAAUAUCUCACCGAUCUCAGUAAUCGCUGGCGAUCAGUAUUCAGUAUUCAUCGUGCACUCUUGUGCUUUUGCAUUUACCGUAUCUGAGUGUUUCCGCUUUAUCCAAUAUGCAUAUCUGUUUCAACUGUCUAGUAAGACUUCAAUUGUUAUAGUGAGACCGUUUGGUAGAAUUACCUCCAUUGCCUGUAAGCAGCAAUAGGAAUUUUAAGGUACAGAAAUGCAAAAUUGCAUUAACCUCGUAGACAUAUCUGAUGAAGAAGAUGACGAUUUCGAUUUUGUCGCACAAUAUCGAAAACUUGAAAAACUUCAAAAGGAAAAGGCAAAUAAAAACAAACCCCCCCCUAUGGAUUGGGAAAAAAUGCUAAGCUCUAGUACCAGCUCACAGACUGUAACUUCUAUCGAUGCACCAAAAGGUCUUUCAAAUAAUGUACAGAGUAUAAAUUCAACCAUUUCAAAUGGUAAUGUUACUAUAAAUUUAACAGAAAGUACUUCUGGCAUAACUAAUGCUCAACGUGGUUUACGCCGAUCAAGAAGAUCAAGAAAUCUUGCACCCUUACCUACUAAUGUACGUAUACUUGGACCAGUAAUAUCCAUUGGAGAUUUUUAUGAUGGUUAUGGUGAAUUCCCACCAAGAGAAAUAAAAAAAGAUUCAAAAAGCGACAAUGAUGAAGAUAUCUUGGCUAAUUGGGAAAAGCGACAGAUUGAAGAAGCUCAAUUAGAAGAUGCUAUGGCUAAAGUAAAUCAUGUGAUGAAUAUUAAAGUCUAUUGGCAACAAAAACGCACUUAUAGUUUUCCUCUUAGAAUGUUUCAGCCAAUUUCAAGUAUUUAUGAACAUUUUGCAAAAUUAGAAAGUAUAGAGCCUUCACAUGUUCGUUUAGAUCUACACAAAAAGACCCUUUCACCAGAAGAUACACCAAAUUCAAUCAACUAUAAGAUCGUAGAUUUCAUUGAUGGUAGUAUUGAAUUUUAUAGAAGUGCUGAUGAUACACCAAAAGUUGAAGAAGAACCGCGGGAAGAAAUGGUGAAUUAUCAUAUUAAGCAAAACAAUGUAAAACAACCAAUUAUAAUGGAAAUGAAAAAAACCGACAAUAUGUUAAUUAUGUAUAUCAAACUAAAAGAAUUGUUAAAUAUUGAAUUAAAUUCAUUUAAAUUGAUGUUUGAUGGUGAACAAGUAAAAUUUAUGGAUACAAUGGAAAGUUUGGAUCUUGAAGGAGGUGAAUGUUUUGAACUUUUCUUUAAAGAAUAAUAUUUGAAUUAGAUUUAGUUUAAAAAAAAUUAUGUUAUUAGUUAUCACAUUUAAUAAAAGGAAGAAUUAAUUGUAUCAAAUAUUCUUUAAAUUUUGUAUAAUUCUUUAAAAUUGCUCUGAAUAUUUUUGCAUAACA